AUGGAGAAGAUCCCAAGCUGCCAGAGUCUUGGCUCCCAGCAGGUGGCGGCUUGGCCGCCCAGUGUGGACUCUUUGUCCAGGGUCAACUCCUCCACUUCUCAUUCAGAGAAUUCAGUGCAUACAAAAUCAGCUUCUGUUGUAUCAUCAGAUUUCAUUUCAACUUCUGCCAACAACUUUUCUCCUGAUUUUAGGGUCCUAAGGGAGCCUAACAAGUUAGCAGAAAUGGAGGAACCACCCUUGCUUCAAGGAGAAAAUAUUAAAGACACGGCCAAAGAUGUACCUUAUAUAUGUCCAUUCACUGGUGUUGUACGAGGAAUUCUGACUGGCACAAAUCAUAGGUUAUAUUUUAAAACCAUGGAACAGGAUCCCCCAAUUUUUUUAGAUGCUUCUCUUGGUGUGAUAAGUAGAGUAGAAAAAAUUUGUAGUGCUUCUAGUCGAGGUGAAAAUUUUUAUGGACUAGAAACUGUGUGUAAGAAUAUUGGGAAUGUACGAUAUGCUCAUAAACCUCAGGGGCAAACAAGAAUAUCCAUGUUUGAGAAUCUAAUGAAGUAUGAAUUUCCUGUCUCUACUAACCUGCCUCUUUUUGUUUUUGAAUACAAAGAAGUAGUCCCUGAAAAUGGGUGGAAGCUAUAUAUACAUAUUUUAGAGUAUAGAAGGCAAGGAAUUCCAAAUGAAAGCUGGAGAAUAACAGAGAUAAAUGAACGAUAUGAACUUUGUGAUACAUACCCCGCCCUCCUGGUUGUGCCAGCAAAUAUUCCUGAUGAAGAAUUAAAGAGAGUGGCAUUCUUCAGAUCAAAAGGACAUAUCCCAGUUUUAUUAUGGAUUCAUCCUGAAAGUCAUGUCACAAUCACUCGGUGUAGCCAGCCCAUGGUUGAAGUGAGUGGAAAGUGAAACAAAGAUGAAAAAUACCUUCAAGCUAUCAUGGAUUCCAAUGCCCAAUCUCACAAAGUCUUUAUAUUUGAUGCCCAGCCAAGUGUUAAUGCUGUUGCCAAUAAGGCAGAGGGUGGAGGUUAUGAAAGUGAGGAUGCCUAUCAAAAUGCUGAACUAGUUUUUCUGGAUAUCCACAAUAUUCAUGUUAUGAGAGAAUCAUUACAAAAACAUAAGGCGAUUGUGUACACCAACAUUGAGGAAACUCACUGGUUGUCUAACACAGAAUCUACUCAUUGGCUAGAACAUAUUAAGCUUAUGCUUGCAGGGGCUCUUAGGAUUGCUGACAAGGUAGAGUCAGGGAAGAUGCCUGUGGUAGUGCAUUGCAGUGAUGGCUGCGAUCCCACAGCUCAGCUCACUUCCCUUACCAUGCUCGUGUUGGGUGGAUACUAUCUAACCAUCCGAGGAUUUAAAGUCCUUGUGGAGAAAGAAUGGUUAAGCUUUGGACAUGGAUUUCAAGUAAGAGUUGGCCAUGGAGAUAAGAAUCAUGCAGAUGCAGACAGAUCACCUGUUUUUCUUCAAUUUAUUGACUGUGUCUGGCAGAUGACAAGACAGUUUCCUACCACAUUUAAAUUCAAUGAGUAUUUUCUCAUUACCAUUUUGGAUCACCUCCGCUGCUUAUUCAGAACACUCCUCUGUAACAGUGAACAACAAAGAGGAAAAGAGAAUCUUCCUAAAAGGACUCUGUCGCUGUGGUCUUACAUAAAUAGCCAACUGGAAGACUUCACUAAUCCUCUCUGUGGGAGAUAUUCCAAUCAUGUCCUUUAUCCAAUAGCCAGCAUUCACUGCCUAGAGCUCUGGGUGGGAUAUAACAUAAGGUGGAAUCCACGGAUGAAACCACAGGAACCUAUUCACGACAGAUAUAAAGAACUUGUUGCUAAACGAGCAGAGCUUCAGAAAAAAAGUAGAGGAACUACAGAGAGUGAUUUUAACAGAUCAACCUCAUCCUCAGAGAGAGCCCGCUCUCCUGCACAAUGUGUCACUCCUGUCCAAACUGUUGUAUAAAUGAUUGUAAGAUCAGGGGCAUCAUUGCUACAUGCUAUUCAUUACACUGGCAGCUCUAUGAGUAGAAAGUCUUCUGAAUCUAGAACCCAUUUAUGAGAGAAAGUUCAGUCACUUUAUUUAUUUUAAAUCUCUCUAGGAUGAGUUUAGAACUGUAGCAGUGCAGGUGGCUUAAGUGAAAUAACUCCAUAUGUAAUUACAUGAUUAUGGCACUAAUCUUUUAAGUAUCCAAGGAAUAUUAAAAUACUUCAAUCCUGGAUCCACAGUGGGAACAAGUUUCUAUUAAAAGGCAAGUGCUGUUACAAAUUUUGGCAUCAGGUAAUAUUAAAAUAAAACCAUUUAGAAAUACACUCUGUGCUCACUGUGCAGAGGAACAUCAAUUUUCAAACCACUGGGCCUUGAAGUCAUGACAGAUCAAAAUUAUCUGAUACCCUUUCUCCAUUCCAGGUUUUUCUUUUUUGCAGUAAUUGAUUUACCUUGAUCACUUUUCAGCUUCCAUAUUCUUCAUAUAGUAAAAGGCAAAGUGUUGAAGAUAUUAUUGUGUAGUAGUAGUUGAAAAUUGUUGCUGUCAUUAUUUACAUACUUAAAAGGUAUUGGCAAGUUGAUCCAAAAUUAGAGGCCUUAUGGAUGUGCUUGGGGGAAGAUGAAGGGGAGAAAGUAGCCAUACAGAGGUUCAAAGAAUUCCAUGCCCUUCAGAUUAGCCAAAUUACCAGAAACAUCGUGGAAGAUAUUUUAAAAACUAAUUAUUUACUACAGUGUAUUUCACUUGUUUUGUGUUUUCUGAACACACAGAAGCUAACUGGCAAGCUUUUUAGAAGUAUUUAAAAAUCUUACUAUGAUUGACACUUUUUCUGAAGUUUGUAUAAAUAGCUUAUGGUGAGAAGUACUAUGCUCAAAUUUUACAUUACAUUUUCUUCUUUGCAAAUCCUAUAAUUCCACCGAAUGAUUAAGUCUGCCAAAGAACAUAUUACAUGUAAAAGAUGCAUUACAAUUGCAAAGCCAGUAAAAGAAAUCUUGCUUCACUGUUCACCUGCUACAAGUAAGAGUUUGGUGCUGGUAGAAACAUUUGACUUUGAUAUCUAUUUUAUUCUAUAUAAGAGCCAUAUGUAAUGUACUGUAGCAAAGGA